AUGGCAGACGAAUUCGUUGCAUGCUUCUGGCGCAACCUGGAUACUUUACCCAAGUGUUACGGGUUGCUCGUCACUGCUUCAUUGGGCUCCAUUGCCUUUAGACAAUACCGGCUACAAAAGAUAACUCUGCGCAUUGAAACUCCUUCUAAUAACUUGCAUGAUGGCGAUGAUGUCACCGCUGCGGCAAAUCUCGACGCUGUGAUUGGCGAGGCUGACUACGUCCCUGCUGAGAUCUAUGGAGCUCAUAGUGGAACUGGUGCUGUUUAUGGAAACUGUAUUCGAGUUUCAGAUAUUCCGACGCCCAAUGCUUCAUACCGCACUGUUUUGGUUGGAACAUCAUCGAUCCACGUCAACGUACAACGGUUCGAUUAA